GCCUGUAACUCACAAUCUAAACGUGCAUACAAUGAAGACCGAUUCUCUGUCUCGGCACCACUGUGUGCGGCCAUGCCUGACACCGCUCUGUUUUGUGUCUUUGACGGCCAUUCGGGCGAGGCGGCGGCGGCGUGGUGCAUGCAGCAUUUCCCGGGCAUAGUGGCUAAGCAUGCGCCGCAUCUGCUGCCCGAGGAGCUGACAAAAGCCUUUCUCGAGGCUGAUGACGCCUAUCUCUCCAUGGCUGUCACGCGCGACAUGAAGGACGGUUCAACGGCAACCAUGGUGGCCAUCACACACACCCAGAUCGUCGCCGCGAACCUCGGCGACUCGCGCGCCGUCCUCUCCAUCGCAGGCGUCGCCCAACCGUUGACUGUCGAUCACAACGUCGACCUGCCCGAAGAGGCCAAGCGGCUGCGCGCGCUCGGUGCCCGCAUCCGCGGCAAGUACGUCCGUGCCCGCGAGGGGAACUCGCUCAUUGCCGUCACACGGAGCAUAGGAGACAAGACGUUCAAAGCGGCAGGCAACCCUCGCAAGCGCAUCCUCAACGCCCAGCCGUUUGUCUCGUACUCGGACGUCACGCCCGAGACCCAAUUUGUGAUUGUCGCCUCGGAUGGUCUCUGGGACGUCGUCGACAACCAGACCGCCGUCAACUACGUGCUUGAGCUGCUGGCAGCCGGCGAGUCGGCCCGCCAGAUCGCGCGCAAGCUCGUCAUCAAGGCUCUCAACCGUCGCUCCGGCGACAACAUCACCGUUCUUGUCAUUGUCUUUCCAGGCGCAGUCUUUGAUUUUCAUGCUCAGGACAAGCUCGACGCCGCAGCCAGCAAGGCCAGCAAGUCCAGAGGCGGAAAGUCUAGAGGCGGCAAGUCGAGAGGUGGCAAGUCCAGAGGCAAGGGCAAGGCAAGCAGACCGAGGCCGGACAUUUCCGAGGAUUCCGACGGCUUCAUCGACGAGCAGUCAGUCGGCGCCGUCUCGGGCUCGUCAUCCGACUCGGCUUCAUCCGAGUUUACUGGCCUCGCUGCAUCGCGUGGCCGCAGCUCGUCGAGCUCAUCAUCGCCGGGCUUUGCGCCGGGCUUCCGCGACUCGUCGUCGUACUCGUCGUCGUCCUCGUCGUAGCGUUGCCGCGGCGCGGAAGAUUAACUCAUAAGCACGCGGCAGCAUUGCCGAGGAGCAGCACGCCGCCUCACAUGUACAUGUCAAUGACCUUGAGCAGGCCGAUGGCGUCGCCAGAGAGAUCAACCUGGUGGAGGAAUCCGUUCUUGUGCAUCUUGACGUAGUACGCGAAGAGAAUGAGAUUGUGGAACAGGUUAUUGCGCCCGUGCAGCACCUCCCACGUUCCAACCUUGGUAACAACCCGAAAGUGCGGCGGAUGGACCGAGCACUGCACAAUCUUGACGUCCGACGACUUGGUGGUGUCGGUCUCACCCGAGACCGGCACAAAGUGGCGCGAGGUAAACGGCGUCUGUGAGGUCUCGUCAAAGGCCGGCAUGUUUUGGUCCAUAAACGUCACAAACAUGUG